CAGCGCGGACUGGCCGAAGUUCGAAGCGUCCCCGGAGGAGAUGGUGGGGUGCGGGGUUUGAGUGUCUGUCCUUCUCCUACCCGUGGAGUCCCGCGGCUGCUGCCCGGACCAUGGUGUCCAAGGAGAGCGCCCUGCCGGACAGGUGGCCCCGGGUCAGCAAGUUCAUCCUGUCCGCAUGUGCUGCCUCGGUGGCCGAGCUAGUGACAUUCCCGCUCGAUCUCACCAAAACCCGCCUGCAGAUUCAGGGGGAAGCGGCUCUGAGAAGACACGAAGCGGCGCCGGCCGUGCCGUACAGGGGGAUGGUCCGUACGGCCCUUGGGAUUGUCCGAGAGGAAGGCUUGCCGAAGCUUUGGCAAGGAGCCACGCCAGCGGUGUAUCGGCACGUCGUAUACUCAGGAGUGCGGAUGGUGGUUUACGAGCAUCUUCGAGACUCCAAACUUGGAAAAGGAGACGGCGGAAACUUUCCUCUGUGGAAGGCUGUGAUCGGCGGGAUGACGGCCGGGGCCAUCGGGCAGUUUUUUGCCAGUCCGACGGACCUAGUGAAAGUCCUGAUGCAGAUGGAAGGAAAGCGGAGACUGGAAGGGAAGCCGCCCCGGGUGCGAGGCGUGUAUCACGCGUUCCUGACCAUCGUCUCCAAAGGAGGAAUACGUGGGCUGUGGGCCGGCUGCGUGCCGAACGUUCAGAGGGCCGCUCUGGUAAACAUGGGAGAUUUGACGACGUACGACACCGUGAAACGCUUCCUACUUUCCAACACGCAGCUAAAAGAUAGUAUGUUAUGCCACAGUCUCUCCAGUAUAUGUUCUGGUCUGGUGGCCGCUUCGCUAGGAACCCCUGCUGAUGUCAUCAAAACCAGGAUAAUGAAUCAACCGAGAGAUAAGAACGGACGGGGAAUUCUGUACAAAUCCUCCCUAGACUGCUUCAUGCAGGCAGUGAGGGGCGAAGGCUUCAUGUCCCUCUACAAAGGAUUCAUUCCAACCUGGAUGAGAAUGGCUCCCUGGUCGCUGGUUUUCUGGCUGACGUACGAGCAGAUCAGGCGGCUGACGGGAGUGAGCUCCUUUUGAUACUCUGUGUCAGAGAAAGAAAGCGCAUCGGAGGGACUGCGCUCAUCAGCUCCAGGAUUGGGAUUGAUUGUUGAAGAGAAAUCUUUGCCGUUUUACACUUAAAUUAAAGAAAAGACGGGAAUUUUUUAUUUUUGAACAACCCUCAUUAAACGGUAAACCUGUUUGGAGGCAAAUGGUAGAGGACACUCAAAAAGGUGCCUUUUUACCAUUUUAUUGAAUAUAUAUUACUGACAAUGGAUUAUUUAUUACACUUAAACUGCAGGAUUUCCCUGUUUAUUAUCGGUAAUAAAUGAUUUCUAUAUAUUAAA